CAUUCAACGCCUCCUCUUCCGCAAUCUAGAAGCUUCUAUCUCGCACCCUUGCAACUUCUAGAAGCCUCUAUCUAGGCUCUCGCCCUCGCCAUGGGCAACGGCCUCUCCCCGUGUCUGUGCCCCGGGGCCGUGCGCGGCGAUGCCACGGCGGCGCGGCUGGUGUUCUGGGGCGGGUCGGCGAGGAUGGCCGAUUCCCGGCGGCCGACCACCGCCGGGGACGUUGCGGCGGAGCUCCCUGGCGACCACCUCGUCUGCGCCGCGGACUCCUUCUUCGUAGGCCUCCCGGUCCCGGCGUUGUCACCGGGCGAGCGGCUCCUGCCGGGGCGGACCUACUUCGUGCUCCCCGCGGCGCGCUUUUCAUGCCGCAACCAGGCGCUCACCGCCGCGACGCUCGCCUCGCUCUCGCCGUCCCCGGCCAAGGUGUCCCUCGCCGGGGGCGCGGCGUCCCCGUUCGAGUACGUCACGGGCGGCGACGGCGCGGCGCUCAUCAGAGUCCUGCCCGAGUUCAUCGAGAAGGUGAUCACGUCGUGCGGCGCGGCGACCGCGGCGGAGCAGCUGUGCAGCACGCCGGAGCUGAGGAAGCACUACAUGCAGCUCGUCGGGGCGAGGGCCGAGCGGCCUUGGUCGCCGGGGCUCGAGACGAUAUCGGAGGCCGGGAAUGGGAGGUGGAGGAUGCCGUCGCCGGUGAGGCUGGUCAGGCUGGCAAAGGCUUCUUCAAGGUAGCCGUGCUUGGAUCCAUGGAUCAGCAAACGGGGAUAGAGUUUAGCCUAAUUUUUGCUUCUUGAUACAAGAGGAGAGAAAACAAUGUACAUAGAUACAGAAAGGAUAUGAGUAGGGAAAUUUGAUGUAGUUUUAAUUCAUUAUUUUCUCUCCUAGCAAUAGAUGAUAAGCGGAUGCAAAUGAAUGAAUAAAAUUGCAUGUCAUCCAACUUUA